UUUACUUACAUAGGUUAAUCUCAUAAAUAUUUUCUUUUGACAUAAAUUAAAAAUACUAAAAUGUCAGCAGGAAUAUUAAAAACUUUAAUGACUACAGAAAGCAAGACUAAUGAAAGUCCAAGUAAAAUUCGUAAUCUUCAGGAAGAAAUAAAAUUAUUCAGCGGAUUAAAAUUAAUAUCUUCUACAAAAUUAUUUGAAAAAUUUUUAGAUAUCUGUUAUUGCAACGACACUAGAGAAUUUCUGGUGCUGGAUGACGGAUUAAAAGUCCACAGAUACUCAUUGGACGGUCAAAAAAUCCACCCUUCGUUCACAUUAAAUCCCAGUAUGUUAUUCACUAAAAUAAUUUGGUGCUCAAGUAUUAAAUCAUUCGCUUGCUACGCCCUUCAUGAUGACACUUUUUGGUUACUAGAUCAAGAGUUUAAAUUAAUCCAGACGAUCAAAACUAAAUUUAGAAUAAAAAAUUUAUUUUUUUCAUCACCUGAAUUAAUUGUAAUUAGUUCUACAAGUGUUACGAGAUACCUGCAAAACAAAUCUAAAUUAGCCUACGAGUGUUACCAGACAAUAAAUACAAUGGAUACUAAUUAUGGACCUAUAUGGUCAAUGCAGUAUUCUUCUUUGAUUGCAACGACCACUGAGUCGUUGAAAUUAGCUGUAUCUUAUUUAACAACAAUGUACAUAGUGCCAUUGUCCUCCGAAGAAGAUGAAAAUGCAGGUCUUUAUGUUAAAUUUCUUACUACAAAACUGAAUGCGACAGCUUCAGCAAUCACAGCUCUUUACUUUCAUCCCGCUAGUAAUUGGAUUAUCACCGGUGAUUUAUCAGGCAAUGUUUAUGCAUGGACAACGAACCUAGACCGAGUGUUCAAUCAUGUCGGGCACAAAGGAGCUAUAAAGUCUAUCAUUUCCCAUCCUUCUAUUUGCGGAUUCCUCACUUCGUCUUCUGAUGACAUUCUUCAAGUCUGGAGCUGUAAUUUUAAAGACAAAACAGAGUAUUUUGCAAAUCUUGGAUCCAUAAAUGCAAUUGCAAUUAAUGAAUCGUCUUCAGUAGUGACUUUGGGCACGAAAUUGACUUUUUUCUUCAUGCAUCAGCUUUAUUUAUUUUACUCUCCACUUUUAACAAAAGCAAGUAUUCUGCAGUCUACACAAAAUCUCAGAUAUCCGAUUCGUAUUAUCGUGAGUAGUUCCGAUCAUUCUAUCAGUGUCUUAUCUUCUGCUUCUGGAAAACAAAUCAAUGCUAUUAUUCUUUCGACAAAUGUUGAGCCAGUUUCUAUUGCCUCUAGUUCUAUCAGCGGAGAUAUUUAUGUUGUCCCAUUAAUAACCCGAAAUAUAUUAAUCCUCAAUUCUAAUAUAUUUCCCAUGAAAAUCAAAAAUUCUUGGACCAGUGAAAAACUCAUUACUACCGUCGUAGUUUACGAUCAUUACAGCGAACUUAUAAUUAAUCAAACCCGAACAAUAAAUCCCAUUAGUGUGCGCAUUUUUGCUGGGACAAAUAAAGGCGAGCUGGUGUCUAUCGACGAAUCUACCGGAAAAUUCCAACAAAUUAUCCAAGCACACAAUGGACCAAUUAAAAAAUUAUGUAUCUCCAAUAAGUCUCACCACAUAUUUUCGAUCGCUGAAGAUUGGUGUAUAAAAUUUUGGAAAAUAUUUCCUUACAUCACAAACCCUCUCGCGUUUUCAUAUUGUAUUUAUUUAACUACUCCAGUAAUUAAUAUCGCAUCUGUAGGAUUUUCAGUUUGUGUAAUUAGCGCAAAUGGCUCAAGAGAUCAACUUUUUAUGUAUGAUGUCAAGAAAAAAAUUAAAUAUGAAAAUAAUUUAUCAAAUGAUCAUAAAAAACGAAUUUUAGACAUAUCAACUCUGGAAUCUUUAAAAAUUUGCGCAACUUCUUCAGAAGAUUUCACUAUAAAAAUUUGGAACGAACAAAAUAUUCUACUAAGAAUAAUUGAAGUAAACUUAAUUGCAAGGCGACUAACAUUUUCUUCAUUGCGAGGAGACAUUAUUUUUAGCGUUGCAAAACAUCUAUAUAUCCUUCCUCAUGAAAAUUACUUACCGAGGGAGUAUAAAGAGCAGAUAAAAAUAAAGAACAUCAGCGAGGAGGAAGAAGAGGAUCUUGUAGCUAAAGAUGAGGAUGAAUACCUGGAUUAUGAAGAGAAUGAGAUUAAAAGCCGAGUCUUACAUCCGGUGAGCAGUGUACCUCUGUGUUCUCUGGCUCUUUCUUCAGAAGUUCCGCGUCUUGAUGCCUUGGUGCUAGAGCAAAAAGGCAUGCAUUUAAGAUUGCGUGAGCGUGACAUUAAAGCUAUUGAGUUGGGCAUCGCGGAGCUUUCUGAAAGACGUAAGAAGAUGAAGAAAAAAAAGGCUGUGAUGAACUAUGAAGAUUGGGAAAAGUAUGUUGAUGGCCUGGCUAAGGAGAUUGAGGAGAAAAAAAGGGUCGAGGAUAAAUUUAAUGAACAAAAGCGCGAAAUUUUUGAUAAAUCUCAAGAUUGUAAACUGAAAAUUUUUGAGUGGCUUAGUAAAAUGAUUCCUAAUUCUUUAGUGAGAGAGUCAAAAAAAGAAGAAGAUAAAUCUGAAGCCCCAAUAGAAAAGAAAAUUUAUAAAUAUGAGUACCCUGAGAAUUUGGAUAAAAAUUCAGAUGAAGAUUUAUUAAGCUUGCCCUUACUCGAAGACUUGAAUAAAAAAUUAAAUGAUACAAAUGAAUAAACACAGAUUAAUUUAUGAGGUAAAAGACUUUAUUGACAUGAGUAAAUGACUUGAAUGAUUAUAAUUAAUCAAUAUGAUAGUAUGAUAAAAAAUGCGUACCAUUCGUUCAUAAAAUUACAACUGAAAU